AGAGGAGAAACCCCGUUGAAAGAACAUGGAUCAGUCUUUUCCAGACCGUCAGCAAGGAAGAGCCCCUCAGCAUGCUGCUGCGCCGAUGGGGGCGUUCAGGCAGGGCAAUGUUCCCACACUGGAGAGAAGCGUCAUCAGUGGGGACAAAGUCCACUUUGGUAGACCGCAGCGACAUAUGCGUUUGUCUCAUUCUGAGGGCCACAGCUCCGGAGACGAGUGGUUGAGCAACUCAAUGGAAGGAGGCUCUUAUGGUCGAAGCCCCGUCCUCCAGGGGAUGCAGGCUGAGGGAAUCUGGCACCACCGCGGCGCCCAUGAGCAGGCCGAUCAUAACUACCAACGCCGGCUUGCCUCAGAUGGCUACGGACCAAUGUCGUCCUCUCCCAGGAGUCCCAACACCAGAGGCUACAUGACGUUCCAGUCAAGCCGCGGCCACCGCGGUCAUCAGGAGGGCCAUCCCAUCACUGUGAGGGCCUCUGGUACCCCCCACCGUCACUACAGUAGAGGCCGCAAUCGUACCUCCUCUGAGACCGAGCAGGGGAGCAGGGGCGGCAGAGGGCCCAGCCAGAGGAAGAGAGGUCUCUCUGAGACGGAGUACAGACCCAGAUGGGACAAGUAUGGCAACCUCACACAGAGAAUGGGAGAGACUUGAUGUGUGUUGUUGUUGAUUCGUUUAACCUCCACGGUGUUUUUGUAAAUCUGUUUUUAUUUGAAUUUGUCGUCUGUCUGCAGUUUUGUUUGGCUUUUUUCAGUGAUCUAACUUGUCUAGUGUUGAAUACUUCUUUAUAUUUUUUAGAUUGACUUUCUUUGAAUUUUUUUUCUUUCAGAGAAUAAAUGUAACAAACUCUUAAACAAAGAGAGGUUGAGCUGUCUUACCUGGGGGGAAAAUCAUCCCUCUUGAAAAUGCUAAGAUACAGCAGUGCACUGCAGUGUUUGGUGUUAUGAGUGAGUUAUUUAUAUACAUCCACACACUAAAGUGGACCUUAUCUGUCCAUAUUGGAAUGCUGUCAGUAUACACCAGCCAGCCUUUUGUUCUGUAAUCCAGACUUUGCAGACCAGGCAGCUGUGUUUCACUGACUGAGGAAUGUGAACAUGCCUGUCUGCUGCAGUGACCAGUCAGCAAAACCAGGAGGGAGGUGAAAUAAAUAAGCUGUAGUCUCAUUUUUUUAUGUCAGCUUCCAGUCUACAGAGUCUGAUUCCUGUUAUUCUGCCGUUUAUUUACAGUUGUGAAGACACCUGUCUGUGAUCCGCUUUGUUUCGCCUCCUCGUUCCACCUAAAGCUCCAUGUGUGGCUCUGCAUGACGCGUUGUAACCUGUAAAAUAAGCUGUCCUUCUCAGGCGUUUAACGAAGUCAUGUUUUUGUUGCUUAUUUUACGUCUCUUAUUGUGCUGGCUGUAACGGCUUUGUUUUGCUGUUGGUAGUUAAACUUUUGAUGCAGACCAGCGUUUCGUUUUUUCAUCGUCGGCUAAAUUUGUAACUUCUGCUUUCAGUUCCAACAUGAGUGGACUUCAGUGCCUGGCUUCGGAGAACAUCUGGUUCGACAAACACCGCUACGAUGAAGCCGAGAGGUGCUUCUACGAAGGCGCGAAUGGACCCUCCACACCACACCAUCAGGUAGAACAAUCCAAAGGUUGUUUCUGUUUAGACUGGAGCGGGUUUCUUCUGUUUAAACAAAGAGACAAAGAGACCGCUGUUGGACAGUUUACCUUCAUUUACGAUUCUCUUUUGUUGCUGUCUUUCAAGUUUUUUUUUCACCUGCUCAGUCCAUGCCCCCCUGUGAGUCCCUGACCGGGUUAGAUUAAGCAAUAGUUACAUCACCCUCAGCUGCAGCCCGGAGCAGCUGUGUGCCUGCGAGGUUAAGCCACUCUAUUUAGAAGUGACUCGUCCCAACGAGAGGGGUCAGGUGGUUUGGCAGCUGUCUCUGCCUUUCAGGCUGCUCGAGGCAGCAGUGGAGAUUUUGACACAGAUCUGAGACACCAUGGAGAGAAACUGGAGAAAGAUCCAAGUUUUUAAGUAUCAUUUCACCCAGAUUACAAAAUGCCACGUUUCUCUACUGACCCAGAAAACUUCACAUGUGCUGUGUUUGAGUUUCAUGACCCGACCGCUCCCUGAACAGAGCCGAGGCGGUGAAAAGGAUCUCAGCCUGGUUUCUCAAAAUAAUCCCCCGCUUAUGUGGCGACAGUUUUGCUGUCAUUUAUUCCUUCGGUCAGCACUAGUUCAGAUAAAAGCGGUUCACAUUGUAGUACAACAUGUACAAGCGUGAGAAAAGAACAGCUGCACCUUUUCAGAGUUGCAGGUCAGGCUGUCACACCGGGUUGGUGUGCCCUCCUGCCUGCUGCCAGAUUGAGUUCAAGUUUUCUAUUGCAACACGAGGCUCAAGUAAAUAAGCACAAAGCUCACUUUUCUCUUUUUAUUUGAUUGACUGCUUGUCCUUUUAGACAACAUGAUUCCUUUCCAGGCGACCCAGAUCCUGUCAAAAGUGUGUACAAUGCGCUGUUCAUGCUGUCCUGCUUUUGUCUGUUUGCAUGCUGCUUUAACUCUUCCUCACUGCUCCUGCUGCUUCACUGCUUUACCCACACACUCACUGUAUAUACCUGCAGGACAGAGACGUUAAUGCCAUCCUGCAGGACAUUGCUAAAUCCCGACAGAAUAUCCAGCAGUCCAUAAACGGAGUGAGUACUGUACUACGAAUGAUUUUCAGGGACAUCCCCUGUGCUGGCAGGACUGUACUCACUAGUGUCCAGGUUCCAGACCUUAAACAGGGGAAUAGCUCUUUUUAAUGAGAUGUGAUAAUUAAAGUGUAGACUCCAGGAAAAGCCCAUGAGUCUGCACUUCAAUAGAAAAAAAGUGUGAUGAUUUAUAAUGACGUGCUUCUCUUCCUUCACCUCUGCUUGCCUCUACCAACGUCCUUCUCGCAAUCUGUAAGCUGCUGUCGAGUUUGUUGUCACAUUUCGUGUCUUUUGGCUUUUAGAGCUCAACAAAUUUUUGAUUUCUGAAAUCAUCAAUAGCCAGUGUGAGCAAUAAAUCCAGCGAUAUGUGGAUUCUGCAAAAGCUCCUGAAGUAGAUUGGCUGAGAUCCAACCACUGAUAAAAUUGGUUGAGCUGUAUUUGCUGUUAUAUAUGUGUAGAUAUAAAUAUGUGUACUGUGUGGUAUAAGUGUUGUCAUGUAUUUUUGCACAAGUGGCAUGUGAGCUCCCCCUUUACAUUGUGAUUGUUCUGUCGACCCAAACCGAGUUCAGAUAGAAGUCCAAGCAGGUCUCUUCCAGAGUCACUGACUUCAUUUUAAUACAUCAAAGUUGAUCUUUCGGUUACCUCCACAGUUCCUGAGCUCAUCAAGCAAAAACGCUUUUUUACGGCAGGCACUAGGAAACAGUUUCAUAAAGAAAGUAAUGAACAUUAUCUGAGCUAAGUUCAUUAGGUUGGGAGGACCCUUAAAAUAAGUUUGGCACUUUGUUGAAUCUCGCCCCCAUGGUGUGUGUUGAAGUUUCUGCAGUCAGAUUCUGGCCAAUAUGAACCAGAGGAACAGUAAUGCUAGCAGACAGCUUUCUAAACCUUUUAUACCUUUUUUUUUUUUUUUUAAAUGUUUGUUUGUUUAAUAAGUCAAAGUUUAUUGUUUUUCCAUUGUUGCAACAGACAAACGAACAUCAAACAAAAUAGAAUGGAGGUCAAAAAUGGUAAUAAUUAUAAAGUGAAUAAAUAAAAGAAAAUAAGAAAUAAAUGAAAACCAAUACAAUAAAAAUCUGAAAAUAAAUCAGCUAAAAAUAAGACAGGCAGAUAAAUUGGCGAGGCAGGAACCCCUACCUGUAUACUGGUUUUAAAAGGACUUGAAUAAUACGACUGGUCUUUUUUUAAGUGUGAAACCAGCUUCACCAAAUAUGAAAGAGAUGCUAUAUUGUUUCCAACACUAUGUUAGAGCUUGAACUGUGAAAAUAUCUGCCUGUAGUGGGGGUGGGAAUCACUAAUGGCCCCAGAAUACGAUAUUUUCACAAUACGAUACUAUUGCGAUUUUUAACAUUUUGCAGUACAGUGAGUGUUGUGACACAUUAUAUUGCGAUUUAUCCAUAUUUUUCAAUGGUUUGGCUAAUUUAACAUUUGACUUCUCUUUAUGUUUGUCUUAUUUAUGCUGUACUUUAUUGUCAUGUAGCACAUCUUUAUUUGUUGCUCUAACUUUCUCCUGUUCUAUGAAGUCACCUCUGUCAACCUCACUGGACAAACAUUUGAUUUUAUUUUUCCAUUAUCAUAGAUUUGACUUCAUAUUAGUUAUUAAUUUAAAAAAUGAGACUAUACCAAAAAAAAUAUCACGAUACGAUGCUGUAUGGAUGUUUUUCUCCCACCCCUAGCCUGUAGGGCGUAUGAGUUUUCCUGGUGAACCCUUGUGCACUAUGGUGCCAGUGUUUUUAGUAUUCAUGGUUCAAAUGUGCAGUCAAACAGCUGAAACACCUUCUUUUCACACCACAUGUGAUCUUGAAUUAUUUUCCUACUCUCUGACUCGUGACCCUGAAGUGUUUGACUUUCCCACCUGCAACCACUGCUCUCCUCUCUGUUUUUUUUUUUGUGUGGUUUUUCCACCUUUGCCACCCUCGUGCACAUCUCUCCGGGGGUGUAGGUGAAAUCGGCCAUGCAGCACGGCAAAGGGCGCCAGCAGAAACGGCAGCACAGAAACGUAAGUGUCGUAGAUCAGCUCCGCUUUGCUGCUCAGAGCCAGGAGCACUGCAUGGCUGAGACAGACGGCUGUGACUGCUGCUUCUCUGAAGUGGAGUGUGAUACAAUCAGACUUCUCAUCCCACAACACCCGGCUUUGGUUUUUUUAAUUUAAGGUGUCAACACCACUAAUGUUUUGUGUGUAAUUUUGGACUGGGAAUCACUGUGUGUAUAAUUCAGCAGGAAAUUGUGUGCUGGUUCAAAAACUCAGUUGUCAUCUACCAUCAACUAACACGUCCUCAUACUCCUCAUGUAACUUCCACAAGAGAUUUAAUGAUGGACUUCAUAAGAAUAGCUUCACAUUUUUAAGAACUGUGCAGCUCAUAGCUUUGUGGCUGAAAAUGUCAUAUUUUGAUGUCGCUUUGCUUCAGAUAAAGACUGAAAUCGAGUCAAAGAGAAAGAAACAUUUUGUUCUUUUAAUUUAUCUUCUUCUUUUAAGCUGAAGCUGAUCUUUGCCCUCCUUUUAUCAGUCUUUAUCCUAAUCUUGGCUGUUUAAACUCUCUUCCACUCUUGGGAUUGAUAAAAGUCAUUCGACAGGUUGGUGUUGAAGAAGUAUGAGGGAUCGAACUCCUCUCUUAAAGGAAUCAAAUCGAUUUUUCCCAAAAUGUCUCCUGGAGGAGUAAUUGUGUUUGUGUGUUUGGGGAGGGUGAUUUCUAAUCAAACGACUGUUUUCCAGGUUUUUUUUAAUUAAUUAGUGUCUUGUUUUUCUGCAUGAUAAACACCAGAGGGAGUUAAUUUCAACACCAGCAUCGUGUGUGUGUGUGUGUGUGAUUGUGUGAUACCAUUGCUCUAUAAUGGAUUUAAGCCCUGCAUGGUCUUGUUUUGAUCAUCUGCUUCCCCUCUCAAAGCUUGGUUUGUACCCACUGAAUGAUGGUGGUGAACCUGUUUUCUUAAACUUGACUCCUGACCUGCAGCAGGACACGUGAUCACUCCUUUUUCCUUCAUGCUCCCCUCAGUCAUCCUCACAUGGAGAUCAGGAGCUGGUUUCACGCAUGAAGAGCUUGGAGCUGGAGAACCAGAGCCUGCACAAAGGUGUGAGAAUGAGUGAUGAGCACGUUUUUAUGUUUUCAGCCUUUGCCUACCCGCCGCCCGUUAUUAAUCUUUUGAUUUAUUUGUUGGUAGUGGUGGAGACCAUGAGGGCGGCCCUGCAGAAGCUGGAGACCCGAGUGGCUGUGUUGGAAAAGACCCCUGCAGCAGCAGCAGCCCCGUGUGCCAAGGUGGAUACGACAGAAUUUCUUCUAAGUAGCUACAUUAAAAUGCACAUGUGCUUUUUGAUUCUAACGUUUCUCCUCCUUAUUCAUUGAUGCACUCGUAUGAUCGAUAUCACUUUGGUCAAUUUCUUAAUAGGUGCAAAAUUAGAAAAGAGAAUUUAAACAUUUCACGAAGAGCGCUUCAUAUUUCUGUCCUUUCUUGUUGCUUUGACCAGGCUGCCCCUGUAAAAGCCGCUCCAGCCAAACAGGUGAACGGCGAUGACGACGAUGACAUGGACUUGUUUGGCAGCGACGAAGAGGACGAGGAGGCAGAACGCCUGAAGCGGGAGCGCGUCGAAGCUUACGCAGCCAAGAAGUCCAAGAAACCCGCCCUCAUCGCCAAAUCCUCGAUUCUGUUGGACGUCAAGCCCGUAUGUAUCCUGACUGAUGUCGCAGAUAAAUCAUACUGGGUUUUCUCUUCUAUCAUUUAGUGAUUUCAAAUUUAAGUCAAUGGUCUAUCAAAUGUGAAAAAGUCUUGUUUCUAUUUUCCUUCAGUGGGACGAUGAGACCGACAUGGCGAAGCUGGAGGAGUGUGUGCGCACCGUGCAGAUGGACGGGCUCCUUUGGGGAGCAUCCAAACUGGUGCCAGUCGGCUACGGCAUCAAGAAGCUGCAGAUCAACUGCGUGGUAGAGGACGAUAAAGUCGGCACAGACAUCCUGGAGGAAGAGAUCACCAAGUUUGAGGACUUUGUAAGUGAAAUCAGUGCAGUGAGCAACAAUGACGGCACACUGUCAGGCAAAAAUGUCCCGUCACCUCACAGGAUUAAACAUAUAAUCUUUUUUUGGGUGAACCAGGCUCUGGUAAAAUAAAGUCAGGACAGCUACAUGUUACCUAAACCCACAUCCCCCUGCAAAUAAACAGUCGCUCUUGUGCUUUAAUGUUUUAAAUGGAUUACUCAAACAAGAUCAGGUGUUAAUCAAUGAGCUUUAAAGCUGUGGUCGGGUUAAUCGAGUUAGUAUGGACGGGUCCAGGCGGACAGCUUUAUGAGCUGAACUGAGUGAUCUGUCUGAUAUUGAUCUGUGUUUUCAGAUUAAAUACUCACAUUUCAGUCGUUGCCUGGGAAAAAUAACGUCUUAAUGACACAUUUAACACCGUAAACUCUUUAUUAAACAUUUUACAUAGUAUACUUUUAUAUCACUUUAAAAUGAAAGAUUUGAUCACCAUGCGACAUUCAGAGCUUUUCAGAUAACUCUACACCUUUUCUGUCUCUGCAGGUCCAGAGUGUAGAUGUCGCCGCCUUCAACAAGAUCUAAGCUCCACACAGGCUCUUAAACCGCUCCACCAAAGUGUCGCUGCUGCUCUCGGCUUGCACGGUUAAUAAAAAUGCUAAGUUUUGAGCACAAAAAGUCCGACUCAGUUUCAUUAUUUUUAUCGGUCAAACUCAAAUACCUCACCUCCAUUAUCUAACAGUAUCUGAGAACUCGGAUCCUGUAGGAAAAAUUUAAAGUGAGCACAGAUAUAACGUGGAACCCAAACCCACCCAGAAACCUG